AUCUAAAAUCUGAUCUAUUAGCUUUGUUAGCUAUUGCUUACUUUCUAUUCCAAACGCUCACGUCGUCAUCGUUAGAAAGCAACAAAUGAAAUGAUAAACAGAUUCUACAGACACCUACCCACAUUCAAUGAGAAGAAUAGCUAUGGUCCAUCCAGUCAGGCUAUUGAUAUAGACAGUUUUAUCAACCACGCUCGUAGUUUGAAUAAACCAACUAUUGAUAAUGACAUAAAUGAGGAUAUAAUCAAUCAACAUAUCGAGAAUAUACGCAAAGAAGAUGAUGAGAUGCUCUCGUCACCCCCUUUAUUACAAUCAAUUAAGGAUCAUAGCGAUAGAUACAAGAAUAGGCGGAAACCAAAGACAAUUGACAAAGCAAAUGAAAUAAAAGACAUUUUUGAACCACCCCAGAGAUGCUUUCAACAUGACAGUAUGACGGAAUAUUACAUGAGGAAUACAGAUGAAGGGGAUGUAAACGCUGCAGAAACUCAAAGUAUAGAUGCACGAGGUAAAAAUUGGGACUAUUCAACUGUUGUAAUUGAAGUAGAAUCUAAAGUGCCAACUUUGAAUGGUAUACUUGAACGCACAGAUGUUGUUCUCCUUAGUUCGAAACAUACAUUAGGACAUCUUCGUGAUAAGCUAAAAUGCGAGGCGGAUGGAGCACCCUAUGCAUCUUCAAAUAAAAGCAGUUGUUUUGUCUUUGAGGCGGUCGCCUAUCUUGAUAAACGCAAAGAGGGUUGGGAGACUUAUGAAGAAUCUGUUAAACAAUUAUCGCUUAGAGAUAUUUCAACCAAAUCCAUCGAAAACGUUCCACUGGGAGAGCUUCCCAUACGUACCGGUCGAUUUGGUUGGAUGGUUCACUCUGGUGGCUGUGAGCAUGCCCUCCAAAUAACUGGCGUACGGUUGAAGGGUACCCGAGAGACAUUACCCCGUUACAAGUUUAGUAAGCUUGAUAGGACUCAGAAACCAAUCUGUGGAAUUUGCGAUAAGAAGCAAGCAGCUCUAGUCACAUAUAAAGACAGACUGGGUGCCGAGAAUUCAACAUAUUGGUGCGACAUUUGUUUCGAUAACAUCCAUCAGGGUUUCAACACUAACGAUCUGAAUGUAUAUCCCGUUAAGUGAAUCUGUAUCUGUAAUGAAAAUAUCAAUGCAUUGGUAAAGAGAAAUUAUUGUAAGUCCAUAAUGAAUAGAAAUUAAUUGGUACCAUAAUAUCUGUCACCUACGUUGCCCAUUCCAGGUACGAUCUGCCAGUAUUUCUUACGUGCAGGCUGUUCUAAGCUAAUAACACUUGUUCUUCUACCAUCGACCUUCUCACCUUGGUGAUGAGGUACUUGUGCGGAAUCUCCAUGGCUUAUCGGAACCUCAACCUCACGGAGGAGAGGAUCUGCAGCUGCUGUCAAGAUUUUGAUAUCUGGGAAAGCAGAAUUUAUAGCGUGAACACCACCGCGUCUAGCUACCAAAAAUGAGAGGAAAAUGAUAUGUUUCUCUUGAACGCCAUGAUCGAGCAAGACUCUAAUUGCCAUGAAAGCAGCUGCGCCUGUACCAAUCUGAGCGUCAGUAAUCAAAACCCAUGUUUGUGAUGAUGUCUUAGGGUCUUUCACUGAUUGUGGGAGUGAAUGGUGGUAAAGUGCUGGUUCACCGCUAGCAUCGUCGUGUUGGAUAAGCACUGAACCGAGUGCAACAGCCGGAAAUAUUCUACGUAAACCGUGAUUAAACAAGCUUCCUGAUCUCUGAAUGGAAACUGCACAGAGAUU